AUGAUAAAACGUAAAAGUGUUUUGAUAAUUGGUAUCGAUGGUUGUCGUGCUGAUUGUUUAUCUUCCUCGGCAAGUCCAACUAUCUAUCAGUUAUUAGAGACAGGUGCCUAUAGUUUAAACUAUCAAGUGAAUGAUCGUUGUUUAUCUGGUCCAGGAUGGUCAACUUUAGCAACAGGUGUGUGGCGAAAUAAACAUGGUGUUGAAGAUAAUUCAUUUACAAUACAACGAUUUGAUAAGUAUCCAACAUUCAUGACACGUAUAAAACAGCUGAAGCCCGAAACAAGAACAGCUAGUAUUGUGCAUUGGUUACCUUUAAAAACAAAUAUUUUUAACAAGUCAAUUGAUCAUUCUUACGCGUAUGAAGGCAAUGAUCAACGUGUUGUUGAUCAAACAAUUCAUUUAUUAACAGAAGAAGAACGUUUAGAUGUUGUUUUUGUACAUUUAGGUAUUGAAAAAACUAGUUCCAUUGUUGAAAUAAAAUUAAGCCAUUCAUCCAUUUUAGAUGAUGUUGAUCAUUCUGGUCACGCCUACGAUUAUGGGCCACAUAUUCCACAAUAUUUGGAUGCAUUGAAAAGAGUCGAUCAGCAAAUUUGCGACAUGAUAGUUGCUCUACGCCUAAAACGACGUUGGUAUGAGAACGAAGAUUGGUUAAUUCUAUUGACCACUGAUCAUGGUGGUUUAGACAGAGACCAUGAAAUAAAUAUACCGGAGAAUCGAACAACAUUUUUGAUUAUGAAUGGUACGAGUGUUCAACAAUGUGGAGAAAUUCAUCCUCAUCCCUUAAUUGUUGAUCUAUCGCCAACUAUUCUCUUACAUUUAAAUAUACCGAUUGAUUUGAAUUGGCAAUUAGACGGAAGACCAUUGAAUAUUAAAUAUUCGCUCAGAUCGUGGAUUAAUUUAGAGGUUGAAUUGAAAUAA